UAACCACAUAAUCUAUAAACAAUGGUAAACAUGGUUAUUUUUGAGUAAUUGUUUUCGUACAGAUAACCCGAUAAACAGACAACCGUACACAAAAAAUUGUAUUAAAUUAUAAUAACUACAACCUAACUAUUUUUAAACUUAAAAGAAAUGAGCACUAUUCGUAAUGAAAUUCGCAAAAGAAAAAGGGAAAAUGAAGUAAAGAAAUGGACAGACGAAGACAUAAAAAAGGUGUUAAGCUAUAUGCAGGCUCAUCGAAAUAUUGAGAAACCAACAGCCCGUAUGUAUUAUGAAAAAUUGUUGGAAGAAACAAAAAUCGAAGCAAAUUGGAAUAUAUUAAAGUGUAAAGUUCGUUAUCUUAAGGGAACUUUACAAAAAGCUGAAACUUGGAGAAGAAAAGCUGGUAUUAGAAUGGAGAAUGGUGAUGGUGCAACUACCAUUAAAGAUAAGGUAGUACAAAAAAUAUGUCCACAUUACGACCAGUUAUCGGAUAUAUUUAUACUUGGUAAGGAAACAAAUUAUGCUAUAACAGAUAAAUCAUUCGAUGCAGCCAAUUACAUUUCACAAGAUGCAAUUGACAUCAAAGAUGAGAGCCUUGAAGUAAGUGACGAUGCAUUCGAUACCAGUUCACACGAAGCAAUCGACAUCAAAAAUGAAAUUAUUGCAGAAAAUUACGAGGAAUUACCUGCUGCAAACGACUUCAGAGAUGAGAGACUUGGAGUAGAUGACGAAGCAAUAACCUCUGCGGCAUUGCCAGUUUACAAAGUAAAACAUAUAGCACAAAACAAUUCCGUCAACAAGUUGAGCGCUAUAGAAAUUGAGCGUACGAAAAUUUGGGAAAAGCAACUAAAAUUAGAAAGAGACAAGUUUGAGUGGGCGAAAGAGAUGGAAAUGAAAAAACUAGACAUGGAUAAAAUGAGACUUGAAAAUGAAUUUCUAUUAAAAAAAUUGGAAUUGGAACAAAAUGAACGGAUAAAAAUGUUUGAAAUUGAGAUGAAAUAUAAAAUAAGUAAAUAAAAACCUAUAUUAUGGGUUUUGUUUUUCAGUUAAAUUAUGUAUUUAUAAAGUUCCUUUUAAUCCUACGAUUUUAUCUAAGUUAUGAAGGCUUAUAAAAAACUCGGAAAUCAUAAGGUUUUUUGUGAUAUCCUUCUCCUUUUUUUGAAGCAAUAUUUUUAUAUCUUUUUUCGAUUAUUGGUUAAUGAAUUAAGUUACAAUUUUUUCAAAACUUAAAUGUUUGAAUCUUAUUUUAGAUUUUUACUUACCGAAAAUGAGUAAAUUUUUGAAAAUCCUAUUUGAUCUUGUAAAAUGGAGUUUUUUUAUGAAAUAAAAAUUAGAAUUUGUUAUUUUAUUUAACAUUUGAAAUGAA